AUGGCAGAAUUAUUUAUGGAAUGCGAAGAAGAAGAGCUAGAGCCAUGGCAAAAGAGAGUGAAAGAAGUGGAGGAGGAUGACGACGACGACGAUGAGCCAAUCUUUGUCGGGGAAAUCUCCAGCUCAAAGUCAGCUAGUACAUAUAUAUUGAACAGAGUCAACCUCAGCUCAUCACGAAGGGGGAUACAGAAUGGUGCACCCAGUAGAGGUACAGUUACUACGUUCAAGCCCGAGAGUCACCAUUACGCGACACCUGCCUCCAGCCCCAGUGCCAUGCCUGUUCCUUCAGUCUUUCACACUGUGCCCAGACCUACGACUAGCUCUGUGGCAGUUGAGCCAUUGUCUAUCCCAGUGAAUGUUUCAGGAACUUCACAAACACUGCAGAGACCAGUUGCUGGAUGUUUAUCGGCACAGGAGAUGCAUGGGUCGAGUUCUGGAAUAACACAGCCUGUUAGCAGACCUGUAACCAUUCCAGUGACGACACAGCCAGUAUCAAGAAAUAUCACAGUUCCUGUAGUGGCUCAACCUGUAUCCAGGCCAGAGACUACUGUGACAGUACAGCCUGUACUACUCGAUCAGGAUUAUAUUAUGGAUUCUCCACCAGAUGCACCAGAUAAUACAUCUGGUAUACUGUUUGGUGUGAGACAGAACUCGGGAGUUCCACAGUACCAGACUGAGCCAACAGUGAAUGUAACAGGGACAAAUGCUGCAUCAAGCACCAUUAAAAAUGGAGGACCUUUUCCACGAGCUUGUCCAAAGUGUAAUAUUCACUUCAAUCUUAUGGAUCCUCUAAAAAAUCAUAUGAAGUAUUGUUGUCCAGAUAUGAUAAAUACCUUUUUCCCAGGAGUGACCCAAAUGGACUGUUUGAGCACAAGUAAGGCUAUCGAAUCUGAAAAGGGAAAAUUGAUUAUGUUAGUGAAUGACUUUUACUAUGGGAAGCAUGAAGGUGACACCCAGCAGGUACAGCAGGAGCAGAAGACUCAUACGACGUUCAAGUGCUUCAGUUGUCUCAAAGUUCUUAAAAAUAACAUAAGGUUUAUGAACCACAUGAAACAUCACUUGGAGCUUGAGAAGCAGAGCAAUGAAAGCUGGGAGAGCCACACCACCUGCCAGCACUGUUACCGUCAGUUUCCCACCCCGUUCCAGCUGCAGUGCCACAUUGAGAGCACGCACACGCCUUACGAGUCUUCUACGAUUUGUAAGAUCUGUGAAUUAUCCUUUGAGACAGAACAUGCUCUUCUGCAGCACAUGAAGGACAAUCAUAAGCCAGGUGAAAUGCCGUAUGUUUGCCAGGUGUGCAACUACAGAUCCUCAGCUUUUUCAGAUGUAGAAUCACAUUUUAGAACAGUUCAUGAAAACACAAAACAUCUGCUUUGCCCAUUUUGCCUCAAAGUAAUUAAAAUUGGAGCACCAUAUAUGCAUCAUUACAUGAGGCAUCAGAGGAAAGGAAUAUACCGUUGCACCAAAUGCCGACUGCAGUUCUUAACAUGCAAAGAAAAAAUGGAGCACAAGACUCAGCAUCACCGAACGUUUAGGAAACCUAAACAGUUAGAGGGAUUGCCUCCUGGAACAAAGGUGACUAUUCGAGCAUCUCUCGGAUCUCUUCAGUCAGGAUCAUCAGCUACAUCUUCCAUUAGUACAAGCAUGUCCACUUUUCAGUUAUCACCUAAAGCUAAAAGUACAACCACUAGAAAUCAUAACAGAUCUAAUACAAAUAAGUCAAGAGCAAGGUCAAAACCUGCUACAUCAAAGAAGCAAAAUGCAUGGACCAACAGCAGGAGAAAAAAACAAUCUACAAAUCCAACAUUUCAUAAUCUAAGGUGUCAUUUGGGAUCUCACAAAUGCAUUGAGUGUUACUCAGAAAUAAAAGAUUUUGCAAGCCAUUUUCCUGCCUAUGUGCACUGUAGUUUAUGCAGAUACAACACUAGCUGUAGCAAAGCCUAUGUAAAUCACAUGAUGAGUUUUCACAGUGCUCGUCCAAGUAAAAGAUUUUGGAUCUAUAAGAAGCAUUCAGAAGACUUAAGAGGUGUGACUGUAGUGUGUCUUAACUGUGAUUUCCUGGCUGAUGUUUCUGGCUUGGAUAGCAUGGCCACACACCUGAGUGAGAGCCACACUCAUACUUGUCAAGUUAUUAUAGAGAAAGUUUCUGUAGAUAUCCCAACUGCUGCGCAAGUAUCUGAGCAACAGGAGCCUGACUCUUCAGAUGAAACAAAAGAAUGCAAUAGAAAUCAAACUAAAGAAGUUGCAUCGGUUGAAAAGAAUGAAGAAGACUCAUCACUGUCAAAUACAGAAAACGUUCCUAGUUUGGAACUCCCUGGCAACAGCUCAAAGAAUUCUUUGCAUGAGAAAAGAGCAUGUUGUGAUUCAGAUAAUAAACAAUUAGUAGGUGAGAAACAAAAAUGUAUUCGUGAUGAAAGUGAAUUGAAAACUUGCCAAAGUUCAGAUAACGUUAUCCUGGAUGAGCAGACUAAAGUACACAACUUGGAUGAAACUACUCUUUCAGCAAUGAACGUGAGGGACUUAAAGCUGACAUUGGGUGAGGAUGUCAGUUUUGAGCAGUUCUUCAGGAAGAGAGAUGAACCUGAAUCCGUUAGUUCAGACAUUAGUGAACAAGGCAGUAUUCAUUUGGAGCCGUUAACUCCAUCAGAGGUACUGGAGCAUGAAGCUACUGAAAUUCUUCAAAAAGGUAAUGUUGCACCUUCGUCAAAGAAAGCUGGGCAGCUCUCAGAACAGCCAGAGGAGGCUGCUAAAGAGAGCAGUCCCAACAGAAUGGAAACAACUGUAAACAAGACAGAUGAAAAUGAAGCAAGCUGA